AUCUCUCUCCUCGUGCAGACGACGCGGACGCUGGACCGUCCGCCGCGCGCGAAAAAUUUGCUUUCCCGUAUUUGCACAUUCCUUUAUCGUGUUAUUACUUUUAUUUUUAUUGGGGCCACGUGUCUUCAGGUGUUGCUAGCAUUCGCGAGUGUCACAGCGUGCACCAACUGUGCAUGUCUCAUCGGUUCCCGCGACUCGUCCGUCCCUGUUCCUCUUGUGAGAACAAGUAUCGCUGGAAAACUCAACCGUGUUACGCACCUACUUCCUCUGGAAUACUUCAUCUGGGAAACGCCUGAACGUCAAUUCUCCAGGAUUCGUUUCCGACGACCGUACGAGUCUGACGUGUUUCCCAAAUUUCUUUGUUUGGUCUUCACUGCACUGUUUUACUGUCAUGCCAUCUGGACUUGCCCUUCUGGUAGCUGCCUGGCUGCUAGUCCUAGUUCGUCGUGCGGGUUCGGACGAUCUGGUACCUGACCUCUGCAACCUUAUUGACCAGCCCAUGUACUGUCGUUGCGACGCCAAUGACAUGGAUGAAGUUGCCGAAGUCACCUGUUACGUGGGACGGAAACUUCCGGUGGAUCAUAUUGUCUUUCAGUCGUUCGAACGGCAACCGAGUGUCGUUUCUGUAGCGUUCACGGCGUUCGGUAGCGAAUAUAAGCUCGACUUUGUGCCAACGUUGGCAUUGCUCCACAUGCCACAAAUCGAACGUGUCAAGAUUUCCCAAGCGGAGCUCGGAGACGUCAAGCCACACGCGUUUCACAACCUGUCGCAGCUCGCGGUCCUCUCACUGGACUCAAACGAGAUCACCAGCUUAGACGCAGACGCCAUCGCGGACCUUCCGCGCCUCAAGAAGCUCGAGCUCGCCGACAACAAGCUGAGAAGGCUGCGGGCCGGCUCCCUCAAGAACCUGCCUUCCCUGACGCAUCUGUUCCUCGAGCGCAACCAGCUGGAAUUGGUGGACGACGGCGCGUUCGAAGACCUGGGCUCCCUUCGCGAGCUGGAGCUGAGCGACAACGCGAUCCAGAAGCUAAGCGAGCAAAGCUUUCGCGGUCUGGCGCGCGUAGCGAGGCUCGACCUGUUCCGCAACAAGCUGACGCGCCUCGAGGCCCGCGUGUUCAGCGGCAUGCCCCAGCUGGCCGAGUUGGACCUCAAGUACAACGAGCUGUCCGAAGUCGACCCGCUGGCCUUCGAAGUGCCGCAACUGACGGUGCUCUACAUGUCGUACAACCGACUGCGCGUGCUGCCCGCGAACAUGUUCCGCGGGGCUCCCAACCUGGUGUCCGUGGACCUGUCGCAGAACCAGCUGCUCACGAUUACCUGGAGGACGAUCCAGGACCUGGCCAAGAUUGACGCCGAGUCCUUCGACAUGAGCCUCACCGGCAACAAGUUCAGCUGCGACUGUCGGCUGGCCUGGAUCCUACACCUGGAGAAAGCCACGCGCAAUGCAAAGUUCCGGCGAGAACUGCGCCACGUCAAGUGCGAUUUCGAAGAAGCAUCGGCUUCCAACAUGACCGGCGGCAGCAAAGUGGUCCGGUUAAGCCUGAAACAGCUUGGAUGCACGGAAGACUACGAACGACCCGCACUGGGCGAUUUCGCUCACAACUGA